CUAUCACAGUCUCGGUGAAUCCACCCGACGUUGUCAGAUAACGAUGUGCCUGUUGAUAGGUCUCGCUAGAGAUGAUCAACAGCUAAUAUGAUACACCAAGUUCUAGUCUAUCCAUGAUCAAACGACUACCUAGGUAAUAAAAAUCAUUCUAAAUCAUGCGGAGCUUAUGAUUUGAGAGGAUUCAGACAAAUCAACAGGGAAUCCAGCCAUCAAUCACUCAUUCACAUCAUGAAAACGUAUUGAUCUGGGCACCAAAUUGUAAAAAUGGUUCAUCAUAUGAGAUCAUGAUCCUGGAUCUUGCAGCGUGGGGUCUGGGUUGCGUAUCUCUCGUAUCUUUGGUACUAGGGAAAUGGUUUGGAAUAUGCUUUUCUAAUGGCCCUUGCCUUUGGAUUAAUUGUCUUGGUUGGCGAAAUGUACCUGCACGGGAGAGGAUUCCAAAGAUAAGAAGCAAUUGUAGAUGAUUCACUUACAUGACAAUACUAGGCCAGGUACCUUCCCUCUAUCGGGGGAUUUCGAACCGGUAAACUGGGACAAGAAACUAAUAAACUUAACCCAAGUCGACAAAUCGAGCGACAGUUUUGAUCUAGUCUCCUGUGCGAUUAUACUUCUUUUUCACAUUGUGUAGGGAUUCAAAGAAUUUUUUAUGCAGCUACAGAGAAGGCAAAAAGAGUUUAGAAGAUCAUAAGGCGAGAAAGAUCAUAGACGGCAUCCAGGGCCCUUGUCUAUCCAAUAAUCUAUAUAAUAGAUGCAAUGCCCGCCUUCAGAUUUGGAGGUGAAGAAACCAAGAACACUGCCGGUACUAGACCAGACGACGAAAGCACGCCGUUAAUUUCUACCAGUGGUUCGUCGAAGAGCCAAGAAAGUGCAACCGGUACAACGUUACUUCAUAACCCCUCUUCCUCCUUGCAUUCUACAAAUACAUCAACCUCCUCUCCCAGACGCCUCUCUUCUUCCUCUUCUUCAGAUAUUCAUUUCAGAGAUAUUGUAUUUCACUCUUCGGACGAAUCGGGCGGCUGGUUUCUUGAUUUCAUCAUGGAGAAAGUUAAAAAUACGAAGAUUGGCUACUGGGCCGAUAAGUUGGCCGUAGAGGCCGAACCUGGAUUGACCAACGCUCAACUCAUGUUAAACAAUCAUGAUUUGAAGCCUGUCGAACCAGAACGUAGACAAUGGGGAACCUGGAAUUUCGUAGGAUUUUGGAUCGCGGAUUCUUUUAAUAUCAACACAUGGAUGAUAUCAUCGAGCAUGAUUGUCGGCGGAUUAUCGUGGUGGCAAUCAUGGCUUUGUGUAUGGAUUGGAUAUUCAAUUGCAGCCUGCUUCAUUGUAUCCACGGCAAGAAUUGGCGCCACUUAUCAUCUUUCCUUUCCCGUUAUUGCUCGAUCGUCUUUCGGUAUUUGGGGUGCUCUAUGGCCCGUGUUCAAUCGUGCAGCCAUGGCUUGUAUUUGGUAUGGAGUGCAGGCUUGGAUUGGAGGAGAGUGCGUUCAAUUGAUGAUCGCUGCAAUUUGGCCAUCGUGGCAGCCCGAUGGCAAGAUCCACAAUGGAAUCCCUAAUUCUGGAACAAACACUGUGAUGUUUGUGUCAUUCUUCCUUUUUUGGUUCUGCUCGCUUCCCGCAAUCUGGUUUCCAGUCCACAAAAUCCGUCAUCUGUUUACAGUUAAAGCAUAUGUGGUACCAGUUGCAGGCCUUUCAUUCUUCAUCUGGGCUAUAGUUCGCGCAAAGGGUCUCGGUCCGAUCGUCAAACAAGGGAAUGCAAGCCAUGGAAGCAAGUUGGGCUGGGGAAUGGUCACUGGAAUUAUGUCCUCCAUCGCCAACUUCGCAACUCUCAUUGUCAACGAUCCCGAUUUCGCACGUUUUGCACGAAAGCCCAGGGAUGCUUUCUGGUCGCAACUCAUCACUAUCCCUGUCGGUUUUGCCGUUACAUCUUUCGUUGGCAUUAUUGUCUCCUCAUCUUCAACCGUCAUCUUCGGUAAAGCCAUCUGGAACCCCCUGGAACUUCUCCAAUCAUUCUUAACCGAAGGGGGAUCUGGAAAUCGCGCCGGUGUAUUUUUUAUCGCAACUGCAUUUGCGCUCGCCCAACUCGGUACCAAUAUCGCAGCCAAUUCCGUAUCUGCAGGUACAGACAUGACAGCUCUCCUCCCCCGCUACAUCAACAUCCGUCGCGGCGGUUAUGUUUGCGCUCUUGUCGGCCUCGUCAUGUGUCCAUGGAAUCUUCUCUCAACCUCCAACAACUUCACCACUUAUCUCUCCGCCUACUCCGUCUUCCUAUCUUCCAUUGCUGGUGUUAUCAUCUCAGAUUACUACUUCGUUCGUAAGGGCUACCUGCAAGUUCGAAACCUGUAUUCCGCCAAGAAAACCUCUCCAUAUUACUAUACGGCAGGUAUUCACUGGAGAGGCUACGCUGCUUACAUCGCCGGUAUCCUCAUCAACAUUGUCGGAUUCGUAGGAGCAAUUGGUAAGAAAGUUCCAAUUGGCGCAACAUAUAUCUAUAAUUUAAACUUCUUCUGCGGAUUCAUUGUCGCGUCAAGCGUGUAUUGGAUUCUGUGCAAACUCUUCCCUGUACCCGCUACAAGCGAUGUAUGGAUGGAAGUCGGAGAAGAAAUCGAUGAUCCUAGCAUGGCGUACAAUGCGGAGGAAGGAAGCGAAUUUGAGGAGUCGGGCAAAGGUGGACGGGAAAAUGUAAAGAUCAUGGGAAGUGGAAGUGGAAAGAAGAGUGAUGUGGAUUUAGAGGCUUGAGAUUGAGAGAUCUCCGUUUGAUAUUUUGUUUUUUUGUUUUUUUGUUCUGAAAUUUGAGCGUGGGUGUUUAGAGGUCAUGAAUUGUACCUACCUAUGUACGCAUGGAUUGACAUAGCAUUAUGAAAUUAUGAGACUCAUAGAAUAUCAUCGGUAUAAUGGUAUCUAUGAGGUAGAGUGUAGAUAGACGAUAGAGAAAGUACCUAUGAAUCGCUACCCUGACUCGA